AGAACCAAGCCAAAAUACUCAGUUCAUAAAAACUCAAUCGAGAGGCUAGGAAUAAAGCUCAAUCGAACUAGGAAUAAAGCAAAGUAAAAUGAGCCAAACCAGCCAAGUUGUUCCAUCGGAGGGAAGUGGUGAGGACCAGCCACGCCAUGUGGACCUUCCGGUGUACCCAAAGCCACUACCAGAAAGGGACAUUAGCUACAGAUUUGAUGAGAACCAGUUCACGACGGUGGAGAAGGCGGCUUUGCGCAACGCCUGGCGUUUGAUUGAGCCCUUCCAGCGCCGAUUUGGCAAGGACAAUUUCUACAGCUUUCUGACCCAGCACGAGGACCUAAUCAACUUCUUUCGGCGCGAUGGCAAGAUCAACCUGAGUAAGCUUCAUGGACACUCCCUUGCCAUGAUGAAACUGAUGUCCAAACUGGUCCAAACGUUGGAUACUAAUCUAGCCUUUAGGCUGGCUUUGGAUGAAAAUCUUCCCGCACAUCUGAAGAACGGCAUCGAACCCGAAUACAUGAAGAUGCUGGCCAAUGCUCUUAAGAGCUACAUUCUCCAGUCCUCUGUGAUUGAAAAUCAUAAUUCCUCCACACUGACGAACGCCCUGACCCGAUUGGUAAAGAUUAUCGGGGAGUACGCCCUAGUGGAUGUGGCCAGAAAACGAGCCCUGUCGACUGCUCUAAGGACCACUACUGGCGAAGCCGGAAUCACAAAGGUCGUAACCUAAAGGAAAUAUUUCCGAUCUUCUAAGUAUGCUAUGGAAAAUCUUGCCAAACAUGAAAUUAAAAUUAAAUUGUGACUUUUGUUUAUGA